ACAUUCGUACAAAUUUCAGAACUUUCCUCAAUACUCCAAAUUGUUACCAUUUUAAAGAUACAUUUAAUAAAUAAUUUUGCAAUGCUGUCAGUAUUUAUUAUAAAAAAUUGAUGUAUUUAUUUAAAUGUAAAUUCUAGAUCUGUGAUAUGAUGCUAACAAUGUCAGAAACUUUUAAAUAGGGAAUUUUCUAACAGGAAAGUUGAGGAAAUAGGAAAGUUAUGUCGGUCAUGUCGAGCGGUCCGAUAACAAUCCGUGCUGAGUUCAAACCACUUUUAUCAGUAGUUAACAUUCUGCUAGACCUUCCAAGCUGUGUGGUUGACUUGUUCCCAAGAGUUACAGUAGAAGUUCACAGUGUUUCAGUUGAAACAACUGAAUGGCACAUGAAGUUUCCAAUAUCUCACUUAACAAUAAAUCCAUCAUCAUGUAGAGGAUUGAGAUGGAACAGUGAAAGUGAACUUCAACUCACUUUACAAGCUGCAUGGACAACCAUCCAGGGGAACAGUGGUGAUGCAGACAACAUACUUGCUGCUAAGAAAGAGUUUCAGUCCUACAAUCAAGACAGACUCAUCAGCAAGAUCAAGUCAUCACAAUCAAGAUGUUACUGCGCUGGUUGUGAUGCUCAUCUGUUAAAAUCUACUUGUGAGUUUAAGCGAGUUCUUCCUCUGCCAAGCGAAAACUGGUCUGAUUUUGCAGAUAUUUGGUUUUGUCAUAAUCACACAGAUGGCACAGAAUCCAAUCAUUCCUGUCAUAACCACUCAGGGGAGAGCACUCUGCCUGAACAGUAUAAACAAAUUAAAGUCACAGGACUAACUCCUCGACCAGAAGAUUGCUUAGUCAGUAGUUUGUACAUGCUUGUUAGUGCCAGGCAUGUGAAGCCUGGUGCACUCAUAUGUACAGCAGACAGACUGGUGUGCAAAAGAUGUGGCAAUUUUGUGGGAUUUGUAAAGCUUGGGAAUUCAAGUAGCAAAGAUCAAACUCUUCAUUCAUUUUUUCAUGAUCCUUUGAAUAGUGUGUACAAAAUGUACUUUCAUGCAAUAAGCUUCCAAGAUGCAAAAGUUGAAAACCCUGUAUGUGAAAUUCAAGUGCCACGUGACUUAGAUUCUAAAUUGGGCAAUAAUGAAAGAGAACUAUCAAUAGAAGAUUUUAUUUCAACACUUCUUAAGGACCAAAGCCGUCUUUUUACCAGCUUCCGAUUUAUCAUAGACUCAACGUUACAGGGUGAUGGUAAAAACAUGAUUUUGAUACUGCUAUGGUUAUUGGACCAAGAACUAGCAGUGUUCUCAGCAUCAUCACUUGAGAAAACACCAGUAGCUUCACCUGAUUCAUUGCAGGGAGAUAACCAUCUGGAUCAUUAUUCUGUGCCAAAUAUUUUACCUUGUACUAGCAUGAAGCUAUUAUAUAAAGCAACAUUCUUGCCAAUAGAGGAUUCAAAACCUGUAAAAAGUUUAACCCCAGAUGUGUUCAAUGCUUGGCAGAAGGACAAUACAGUCCACAGCAUUUCUCUCCCUUACCCACUGUGUAAGCAAUUGGUCAGCCUAUUGAUAUCCAGCACUAAACAACUUACCCUUUCCCAGCGGAACUUGAAUGGUUUUCAUGUUGGAUAUCUAAAGACGAGAUGACCAUAGUGAAACAAGUGUUUAUAAUUACAUCUUUUAAGUUAUGCCACUUUAAAAUUGUUUUAUUCAUUGUUUUUUUUUAUGUAUAACAAAAAAAAGACUUUAAAAAUACUUAAGAAGAAGAAGACACUAUUUUUUUCUAGGGAUGAAUCUAAGGAUGUUUCUGUAUUUGAAUAUCUAAUGUGCCUUUAUUAUUUAAAUGCAAAUGUGGUGUUUAAGUUUAGUCCAUAAUAUGAAUUUGAACAGUUUGAUGCUUUUGUUUUCGUAAAUAUUAUUUGUGCAUAUUUUUAUGAAAUAACCUUUUAUGUAAGUUUUUAAUGACAUGAACAUCUGGCAUUUACAUAUUUGUAAAAUAGUAAAACCAUGUUGUAACUAACUUAUAUAAUGGCAGCAAGGCAAAUUUUAACAUCUCUUGUAAUUAAUAAAA